AAAAGAGAAUUAUUGAAAAUGCCACACUUAAGGAUUGAGACAAAUAUCAAAUCUUCUGAAAUACAGGAUAUGGAUGGACUGCUGAAGGAGUUAACUACUGCUGUUGCUGCAACAACUGGGAAACCUGAACCUUAUGUUGUUGUUCACGUCGUAACAGACCAGUAUAUUAUGUUUGGUGGAAGUGCUGCCCCCUGUGGGAACGCCUACUUCAUGUGUAUUGGGAAAAUGGGCGUGGAGGAGAACAAGCAGCACGCUGCAAAUCUAUAUCCUGUAAUUCAGAAGCUUCUUGGUAUAUCCCCUGACAGGUUCCGAGGAGGGAGCGUAUCUAGAACUUAGUAACAGUAAUUCGUU